AUGUCCGACAACAUUGAUCCCAACGCCAGAAGGGAAGUGAAUAACGCGAUUGCUACCGCAGGGAGCAAUGCCAUUGGACAGAUGGUUGACACUGCCAAUUCCUCUAUUAAGAAGCGUCGCAGGAAUAAAGAGAUACGAGCGAAACACGAGGCUGAAGAGAAGGCCGCAAAGGAGGGAGAUACUACUAGCGGAAAGUCCGGAUAG